AUGUGCGGCUAUUGUAGGAGGACUGACCACUCGGAGCCGUAUUGCUUCACAAGGAUGAGGGAUCUUGGCUUCACGCCACCACAGUGCAACAAUAGGCCCCCACAGCUGGCCUUGCAGAUUCUGCCCCUACGGGAGGAGGUCAAAUUUCUAGGACAUAUAGUGUCCAAGGAAGGGAUAUUUGUGGAUCUCGCCAAGGUGACGACGGUACAAGAUUGGAAGCAACCGAAGUUGGUUAUGGAAGUGCGAAGUUUUCUUGGUUUCGCAGGCUAUUACCGCAGAUUCAUUAGAGACUUCUCGAAGAUAGCCCGAUUGCUAUCCCAACUAACUCGGAAGGACCUCAAAUUUGCCUGGAAUGAAAAGGCAGAGGCGACCUUCCAAGAGUUGAAAGAUAAACUGACAUCGGCACCGGUGCUUGUGCUACCUGAGUAA